CACUGGCAUCUUUGAAAUCAAAGAUGGCACCAAAAAAGUAUUUUGAUAAGUGAACCGAAAUGGGAAUGUGAUUUAUGUAAAUAAUCAGACAAUAUUAUAAACUAUGUGAUGGUGGGAAAAACACAUGGCGUGCAAGGAAGGAAAUGUCCAACCUCAGCACUUUGUCGAAGAAAUUGAUUACAAUGAAAUAAAAAAGAUACAGGUUGUAGGGAAAGGUUCAUUUGGCGUUGUUUGGAAAGGAAAAUGGCGGAACAUUGAUGUAGCUGUAAAACACAUAGAUUCUGAAGCAGAAAAGAAGGCAUUUGCAGUUGAAGUGAGACAGCUGUCAAGGAUAAAUCAUCCCAAUAUUGUAAAACUUUAUGGUGCCUGCACUCAAAAUCCAAAUCCAGUAUGUCUUGUGAUGGAAUAUGCAGAGGGAGGUUCACUGUACAAUGUUCUUCACUGUCGACCGUUACCUAAAUAUACUGCAGGCCAUGCUAUGAGCUGGGCAUUGCAGUGUGCUAAUGGUGUAGCUUAUCUGCACAACAUGAAACCAAAAGCAUUAAUACACAGGGAUCUUAAACCACCAAACCUUCUUCUCAUAAUGGGUGGAAAAGUACUCAAAAUAUGUGACUUUGGAACAGCCUGUGAUAAGAAAACCUAUAUGACAAACAAUAAAGGGAGUGCUGCUUGGAUGGCUCCUGAAGUGUUUGAAGGUUCAAGCUAUACCGAAAAAUGUGAUGUCUUUAGUUGGGGAAUUAUUCUGUGGGAAGUUUUGAGCAGGCGGAAGCCUUUUGAUGACAUUGGUGGCUCAGCUUACAGAAUUAUGUGGGCUGUGCAUACUGGUGAACGACCACCCCUGAUAGAAGGAUGCCCACGACCCAUUGAAUCUCUUAUGACCAGGUGUUGGGACAAAAAUCCAGCAAACAGACCAUCAAUGGAUGAAGUUGUUCAUAUAAUGAAUGCACUUUUUCCGUUCUUUACUGGGUAUGAUGAGCCUGUACAAUAUUCUUCUGGAGAUGAAGAGUCUUCUCAAGGUAGUGCUCUGCCAGAAGAAUAUGACUCAGAUGAUGAAGACACACAAGCUGAAAUGGGAACAACUUUGACAGAUCGUUCAAAGACCCAAGUCUCUUCAACAUCAACAAUGAAUGGUUCUAUUAUGACACAAGGAAAAACAGAGCUGGUGGCAGAGAGUCUGAAGAAACCUCUACAAAUUGAAGUUGAUCCUUAUCCUUGGACACUGGAACCGAAGGAUCAAGAUAGAGGCAGAAGGUCCACUGAAGGAAUAAGGUUGAGGGAACCCAACCCGUAUAUAGGUUGGCAAUCAGAUGAUGAUAUGAGGAAGACAACACCUGGCACUAUAGAAAUAAUGAAGACAACUGGGCUUGACAAGUCAGUGCCUGUACAAAAUGCACCAACAAGUGGCAGCAGCAGCACGACACACGAAGAAUUGGACAAUGUGUAUCUAAUGUUGGAUCCUCAGUUGCAUCCUAUUUCUCCAGACAACACAUGUAAGGAAUCUGUGCAAAUCUUCGAGGAGCACAAGCGGCUGGCACAAGAAUACCUAAAGGUGCAAACUGAGAUUGCCUACCUGUCUCGACACAUGGAUCAGUUAGCAGAAAGGCUUAGUGAGGCCGAGGGCCUGAGCCAGUUGGACCAACAGGACUCGGAGCGGCUGCAAGAGGAGUUACGCAAACUUGAAAAUGAAAAGGAAAACCUACAAAAACUUCAUAGGAAUCUUAAACGACAACUGGAACUUAUUAAGGGUCAACGAAGAGAGAGUGUUGGAAAUGAUGGAUGGGUCGUUGUGCCACACCAGGACCACUCUCACUUAACUUAGCUGCUGCUGAGUGUGUCUCCAAGUACUGUAUUUUUAUACCAAGAGUGAAUGUGACUGUAAUGCAUAUAAAAGUGAAAGUAAUAAGUUUGGUCCUCGAUGAUUUGUGUUCCGUUAAUACUACUAAAACUUUUAAUUGCUGACCUGUAAAAAAAGCAUUUAUAGUAUUUUUGUCAGACUGAUGUGUGUAUUUUAUUGUAUCUUAUUUUGUUUUUCAAUGAAAACCGCAGAUUGCCCUGUGGAGUGUUCUUUCUCCAGUCUGCAAGGUGUUUUCAUUUGCUUUGCCUGUAAUUUUCAGCAACAACAUCUGUGACUUGAUUUAUCUGUCAGUUUACAAUUGUAUUGCUCAAAUCCUUAUAUAGAUCUGUUUCUUGUUUUCAUAUUUAUAAAAAAGUAGAAUAUCUUCAAGUGAAGUCAUAUGACUCAAAAGGAAGCAUUCACAAAAUAUUCUUGUGACAACAUGCCAGUUUUCAUGAGGAAGUUAUUAAGGAAAUAAUUACAAUUAAAGUUAGUGGAUUGCACUAAUAUUUAAUGUUGAGUAAGUGUACACAAGAAAGACUGUUGAAUAGUAUUUUUGUGUUUGCUUACAAGAUGACUUCAUGUUAAUUAUAGACUGGACACAACCAUAUUUAUGAAAAAACUAUUGCAUUAUGCUUUUCUGUUGUAUUUAACUGUUCAAGUGACAGGCUUAAUUGUGAGCCCUUUGUUUGUAUUGUCCUGUAAAUGCAGAGGUGUGGCUGGAACAGGUGUAAAAAAAUUUAAGUUGUUAGAGAAAACAAUGGCAAGAAGUAUACCAAACUAGUAAUGGUUUUAGUCUGAUAACAUUUCUU